GCACGCGGCUUUUUGUCUAUGCGCGUGCGACUAAGACAUGGCACAGUCAAGAGAAGCUACUGCGGAGGCACCAGCUCAAGGGCAGAUCUUCGUUGUGAACGGGGAACCUGUCGCGUUUUACCUCCAUGGCACGAACGAACCGGGAGAUCGUUGGGCUUUGACUCCCGGACAGCGUGAGGAGCUUGCGAGGAAAGUAAUGGCGCACGGUGGGCGUAUCUGUCCCCGGGAAGAGGACGCAGAUACGAUCAUCGCGAAGGAGGGGAAGGCGUUCUACAAGCUGGAGUACAAGUAUAGCUCCUCUAGGAAGUAUGUGGAGAAGCCGACGUUUGUGAACACGUGCAUCCGGAACCGCCGUUACGCGCACGAACCUAUCAGGCAGAGGUCCAUGGGUGGUCGAAUCCCUGGAGAGAAUCGGGUAAACUUUACCAGUCAAGAUGACCGGCACCUAUGCGAAUACAUCGCUUUGAGGAUACCUAAUAAAGAGGCUGGUGGUCGUUACGGUGAGGUAUUCUAUAAAGAGCUGGUAGACGACGGAUGGAAAAAUGAGCACGAAUUUGGUUGGGCGAGACGCCACACAUGGCAUUCCUGGCGGGAGCGAUAUAGGAAGAACGAUGCACGUCUGGAUCCCAUCAUCGAUCAGAUAGUUGCGGCCAACCCCCCGCCCGUGGACGGCAAGGGCCUUUAUGAAUACAGCCGGCUCGUGAAUGCAAAGCAGCACUACGAGUUCAUGAAGAAAAACCAGUACCAGCCCUCGGACGAAGAGGAGGACUACGAGGACACUGAUGCCGAAGAGCAGCAAGAGAACGACGAGCUUCCAGGGGAAGAGGACGCUCAACGGCAUCCAUCUCCAGCUCAGGCCUCAGUCGGUCGAAAUGCUGAGAGGAGACAAACGGAUUUCGGUCCUCGGAGAUUGCCAGGUCCGUCGUCGACGAAACCACCUUACGGGCGUCGUUCUGCGCCUGGUAACAUGGCACGGCCUCGUCAUCAAGACCUCGAUGACACCGGCGAAUUCCAGUCCACUGUCGGGCUCGACGACGACUUUGAUUUCCCUCAUGACUUCGAUCGACCUGGGCCAGAGGAGGCGGGCCCAUCUGGCACGCAGCACAGUCCCUCGCCGGCCCCUUCGCCCCGUGCUUCCCAGCCGGCGAAGAAACCGCCCACCCCUCGACCGGUGAGACCGAAUGCGGCAGCCCGUGCUGCGAGCCAAUUUCCGAUGAGUUCCCAGAUGACGCUCGUGAACCUGACGCAGCCGCGCAGCACAGCGCAGCGGCGUCUAGAAACGCCCCUGCACGAGGAUCAGGAGGUCGACUCUCGACCACAGAAACGCAGGAGGAACAUCGCCAAACCGUUCGUUUUGAUCGACUCGGAGCGUGGCCGUGUACAGCAGCAGCGCAGUAGCUACCAGGCCCAGGUGCAACAGGACCAAGACCACCGACCUGAUGAACCAGCAGACUUAGAGUCUUUCUCGCAAUCGCCACCUGCCGGACAGACGAACGAGGACGCCGAAGUGGUGGAGGAGAUGCUUGACGGCAGCGUCGAGCAUAGCGGGCGGUUGUCCCCCGAUGUGCCCUUCGAGCUGGAGGAACUCGACAGUGACGACGAGCGUGCGCUUCUAAGUCUGAACCCCCAGCGCAACCCUCCACGUUCCAGUGCGAGCGACGCACAAGCAGGCCCUAGCCGAGCUGUGUCCAGAGCGCGCAAGCGACCUCUGCUCUACGAGCAAGAUGAGGACUUGGAGGACUUCGCAAAGACCCUCGACCUAGUCGGAGGUAUGGCGCCCCCACGCGCUAUCGGGUCCGUCGCCCCCGGACCGUCGGCCUCGUCUCGUGCCCAGGCUCAGGCCCCAGUCACACCCUCAGCCUCGCGGAGCCUGCUACGGGCGCCGAGCGUGGCAGAGUCGACGUCGACGUCGUCCUCGCAGCAACCCCGGGACCCGGUCAAUCAUGUCCCGUUGGACGGCACACGUGCGAGCGCGGAGAGGAGGAGGGCGAGGGAAAGCGCAAGGCACGAGCCGUAUAACCCUCCGCCCGGGACCAAGGCUUUUGAGGUUGCUAAGCAAAAGAGCGCGAGGAGGACGCGGAGUGGCAAGAUUAGGGGCUAAUCAUGCUCAAGGGGCUUUUUACGCCCGAAUGGUUUGCUCUUGACGGUUGGUCCAGCCCCAUUCCUUUAUUCAUAUGUACGAAUUGCCGUUUGUGUCACGGAUUCGUGGUCGUUCUACCCUUUACCACAACUCCUCCACUAACUCUAUCACUGGCGAUAUUUUCCUUUGCUGCGUCCCUAGUACAGCUUGCGGUUCAAAUGCCUGGUAGAUGCUCUCCCACGUAUGCGCACACUAUGUCUUCGGAUGGCUGUCGAUUACAGGCUGUUUUCUUCGCUCUGCCGCUAUUGCAUACAUAGUACAUUCUUGAUGAUACUCAUCCCGUAGUCUAUAUGAUAUCGAUCCAUCCGUCUUUGUGGCUGUUCC